AUGCUCCUCAUCCCCGAGCGCCCCUCCUCUCUGACAGUCGCAUCCUCCCCGAUCGUCGCCUCCUCGACCGUUGCCUCCUCCCCGAUUGCGCCGCCUCCUCCCCGUCCGCCGCCUCCUGCCAACACCUCCUCCCCAACCGCGCCACUCCUCCCAGGAUGCUGCCUCCUCGACCACCACCUUCUUGACCGUUGCCUCCUGGACCGCCUCCUCCUCAGCCACCGCCUCCUCCAGACGCUUCCUCCUCCCCAGCUGCUGCCUCCUCGACCGCCGCCUCCUCCCGACGGCUGCAUCCUCCCCAACCACCGCCUCCUCCCGAUGUCUCCUCCUCCCCGGCUGCCGCCUCCUCGACCGCCGCCUCUGCAACCAUCGCCUCCUCCCGACGUCCACAUCCUCCCUGACCACUGCCUCCUCUUGACAUGCCGCCGCUCCUCCUCCCGACGUGCCGACUCCUCCCCACAGCUAGCCGCCGAAGGCACUCCCUCCUUGUAG